AUGGGUCUGGGACUGGUCACAACCCUGCUCAUUGUCGGUGCAGCCAUUGGUGGAGCCAAUGGAGAUGCCAUGGUCAGUGGCUCAGUCUUUUGUGACCAAUGUAAAGAUGGCCAAGUUACCCUCUUUGAUUACCCUCUAACUGGAUUAAAAGUAUCAAUGGCUUGCCCGGGGCAGAGCGGGCAACCGACGGUAAUAGGCGAAGUAACGACAAAUUGGUUAGGGGGCUACGUGAUGCGAUUUGAAGGCGCACCGGAUAUGGGUGGCUGCCGGGCACAGGUUUCCGGCAGCGGUCAAGGAUGUGGGGCAGUUGCCGGUCCUUCUCGGGGACUGAAUCUGGUGUUUCAAAUGUUUGAUACCGAGAUUUAUACGGUUGAUCCUUUGAUUUCCCAGCCUGCCCAACCAAUGUCCUUCUGCCCGCGGUCAUCUUCCCCUCUGCCCAAACCCGUGACGCCGGCAUUGCCUCCUCCGGCCAAACUUCCGCCUACCCCUCGUCCACCGCAACUGCCACCGUUGCCGCGACUGCCGCCCACACCAUCGGUGCCGUUCUUGGAAGCUUCAGCUUGUCCAUACCACAUGUGGACGAUGCCGGAGCACGAGUGCUAUUGGCGGGUGCUAUCUCCGGACCUAAAAGUGGCGGUGGUGUUCGGACCACUGGCGGGGAGGAAAUACGGCACAGAUCUUACGCUACGAGGAAGCAUGACGGGCCGAGCGGAUCCUUACAAGACGCUUUUACGGGAAGCCACAACUGCGCUCCUCAAUUCUUACAACAGUAUCGAGUUCCCGUACCAUCCUCUCGACGUUGUCCAACGCUUAAACUAUGCACUGAUCGGAGGAUCCACACGACAAGUUCUCAUGACCGCCCUUCGGUUCCUUAAGGCAAAUUCAGGACAACCCGGAAAUAUCACUUGCAAAUUCACAACUUGCAAGUAAAAGCUCGAUCAUUCUUGUGUUUUUACGUUCAAAAAAGAUAUAUAUAUUUUGACUUUUUAAAGUCAAAACCGAUUACCGUUCGAAAUAGUUUUAAAGCAUAUGAUCUACUUAAGAUCACGGAGAUUAUUUAUUACGAUCAACGUUGUAUUUG